UGUACCCCGUUCGGAGGUGCUCGUUGCCUGUUCCACCGACAGACUGGAUAUCGAUUCAGCAACAGCGAGACCCGUUGCAACAUCCCACACCACGCCCAAAAGGAAAAAGUUCCACGGCACACUUCAGUUACCUUUUGUUCGAGCUCCGAGAAGACGAAACUUCCUGGCUCCCCAUCUCCGAGGGAAGACCACCUGAGCUUCUGUCCUCCCCGCUUAGACGACCAUGUACAACACAAGCAGCAUGCAGACCCCUGACGACGCUGAGGCGCCAUUGUCCUUUAUAUUCCCAAUUGGGUAUAGCAGCGCAUCUGAUUGCGGUUAUUGUCGAGGGACUUCCCGUGCAGGUAAACGAAAACGUUACUCUUACUAUGCUACGAGCAAGUCCUUAUCAACGCACCUAUAUCAAAAGCUAGUUGAUCGGUAUUGGAGACGGUCCGGGACUCUUCUCUACAGGCCGAACCCGAGAAACUCUUGUUGUCCCCACUAUACUCUUCGCCUGGACUCAACAGAGUUCAAAUCUUCAAAAGACCAGCGGCAAACUGUCAACCGGUUCAACAACUACGUUAUCGGUCCUGAGUACACACAUGCUGCUGCCCGUCUUCAUCCUCGCACGCGCCAGGAAGCACGGAAACGGCACAAUGAGUUCGAUUUGAUUGACAGAAUCCAUGAACCCGAGGCACAAUUUCUGAAGACACCUCCAGAGCCAGCCCACAGGUUUACUGUCACAUUGGAGCCAGACGAGUUUACGGAGGAAAAGUAUCUCAUCUUUGAGAACUAUCAGAGACUUGUUCAUAAAGAGGGCCCAGAUAAGAUUUCGCGCCACGGGUUCAAGAGGUUUCUGUGCAAUUCACCUCUUAAGCGUGAAACCAUUUACGGUUCAGACGGCGUACAACGGCUGGUGGGCUCUUAUCACCAGUGUUACUGGCUGGACGGGAAACUUGUUGCAAUAGGGGUGUUAGACCUGCUUCCUCACGCCGUCAGUUCGGUAUAUUUUCUCUACCAUGAGUCGUUUCACUCACACAAUCCAGGCAAGCUCAGUGCCAUGCGAGAGAUUGCCUUGGCUCGAGAGGGUGGCUAUCGUUGGUGGUAUCCGGGAUUCUACAUCCAUAGCUGCCCCAAAAUGAAGUACAAGAUGGACUUCAAGCCUCAGUCUGUCCUCGACCCCGAGACACUCACCUGGGACUUGAUGGACAAGGAGGCGUUGGCUGUUUUUGACGCGAAACACUACGUCAGCCUUUCCAGGGAGCGGCAACGAAAGGAGUCCGGGGAUUCCCCCAGGAUCUUCGAAGACCAUUUCAUUCGGCCAGAGAGUGACGGCGAGGGUGAUGAGGAAGAAGGGGACUUUAUGCUGGGCAGCAGUAUGCCAGGCAUUCCCUCAUUGGAAGACAUGAAGCAGGUGGAUAUGGACAACUUAGUCCUUGUUUCAGAUGCUGCCCCCGGCUACUUUCUGGCUUCCGACUUGGUCAGUUGGGAACAACAAGAUCUCGAGUUAGAGAGCAGGACGAUCAAAUCAAUGAUCGCAGAGCUGGUGGCGGCGAUGGGGACGGACGUUAUGGACGAAAUUUGUGUGGAUUUUCGGAGGAGAACUCGUGUGUUAUAGUAUAGGCAUACGAGAGAGAAGAGCAACGAAGGGAGUUGAAUAGCGUAUACAUAGGAUAUCUUUCCAGCGCAUUUUCAUCUUUUGUUCCUUCCCCUUUAACAGAUCGCGCGAAAUGUUCCUUCCUUCCUGGGCGGUUUGAUACAUGUUGAACGUCAAAUCCGGCAGGGACGACACCCGAGUGCAUUUACGACGUGCAAUAUCGCUGAAUUGCGAC